AUGAUUGAUGACUCUAAAGCUACACCUCAAUUCAGUCCAUUUCUUCGUAUUGACAAUUAUUUAUAUAAUGGCAAAAUGGCCUAUCUGGUGACUAGCAACUGUUGUGAUCAAUUCAAUCCUCUUUAUGAUGGAGAAUGUAAUCAAAUUUGUGCUCCUUCAGGUGGUUUCACAGGUCGUGGUGAUGGUAACUGUCCGGAUUUUGAUGAGACAGCAAAACAAUUGGGAAAUGUUUGGGUGGCUCCACGCGGUUAA